GUCUUUCAUGUUAUUUUAUUAAUGGUCAGUUCGAACAACUGCCACCGCAGCCAGCAACUUGAUUGAAGUAUUUGUUGAUGGUCAGUCUGUCAUGGUGGAACCUGGAACUACUGUCCUCCAAGCUUGUGAGAAGGUUGGCAUGCAGAUCCCUCGGUUCUGUUAUCAUGAAAGGCUGUCGGUUGCUGGAAACUGCAGGAUGUGCCUCGUUGAAAUUGAGAAGGCACCUAAGGUUGUAGCUGCUUGUGCUAUGCCCGUGAUGAAAGGUUGGAAUAUCCUCACAAACUCAGAAAAAUCUAAGAAAGCCAGAGAAGGUGUGAUGGAGUUUUUACUAGCAAAUCACCCAUUGGAUUGUCCUAUUUGUGACCAGGGAGGUGAAUGUGAUCUGCAGGACCAGUCCAUGAUGUUUGGAAGUGAUAGAAGCCGAUUUUUAGAGGGGAAACGUGCUGUGGAGGAUAAGAACAUUGGCCCAUUGGUAAAGACCAUCAUGACUAGAUGCAUACAGUGUACUCGAUGUAUCAGGUUUGCAAGUGAGAUUGCAGGAGUGGAUGAUUUGGGAACAACAGGCAGAGGAAAUGAUAUGCAAGUUGGCACAUACAUUGAAAAAAUGUUCAUGUCUGAAUUAUCUGGGAAUGUUAUUGAUAUCUGUCCUGUAGGUGCCCUAACCUCUAAGCCGUAUGCCUUUACUGCUCGCCCAUGGGAGACAAGAAAGACAGAGUCCAUUGAUGUAAUGGAUGCAGUUGGAAGUAAUAUUGUGGUCAGCACGAGAACGGGAGAGGUGAUGAGGAUCUUGCCACGGAUGCAUGAGGACAUCAAUGAAGAGUGGAUUUCUGAUAAAACUAGAUUUGCCUAUGAUGGCUUGAAACGUCAGAGACUCACAGAGCCAAUGGUCAGAAAUGAAAAGGGGCUUUUAACCUACACCUCGUGGGAGGAUGCACUAUCUCGUGUAGCUGGAAUGCUGCAGAGUUUUCAAGGCAAGGAUGUGGCAGCAAUUGUAGGUGGCCUAGUGGACGCUGAAGCCCUGGUAGCCCUGAAGGAUCUGCUUAAUCGAGUGGACUCUGACACCCUGUGCACAGAGGAGGUCUUCCCUACCACGGGUGCUGGAACAGAUUUGCGCUCCAAUUAUCUCCUUAAUACUACAAUUGCUGGAGUGGAAGAGGCAGAUGUUGUCCUUCUGGUUGGUACAAAUCCACGUUUUGAGGCACCACUAUUUAAUGCUAGAAUUCGAAAGAGUUGGCUUCAUAACGACUUACAAGUGGCCCUGAUAGGCAGUCCAGUGGACCUCACUUACAGAUAUGACCACCUGGGCGAGUCUGCCAAAGUUCUACAAGACAUUGCUUCGGAAAGCCAUCCAUUCAGCCAGGUAUUGAAAGCAGCUCAAAAACCAAUGGUGGUUUUAGGCAGUUCUGCUCUCCAAAGAAGUGAUGGAGCAGCAAUUCUUGCGGCUGUUUCUAGCAUCGCACAGAAGGUCCGGGUGACUAGUGGUGUGACUGGUGAUUGGAAAGUUAUGAAUAUACUGCACAGGGUUGCGAGCCAGGUAGCUGCUUUGGACCUUGGAUAUAAGCCUGGGGUGGAAGCAAUUCGAAAGAACCCCCCCAAAGUGCUGUUCCUCCUAGGAGCAGAUGGCGGUUGUAUCACGCGACAGGAUUUGCCAAAGGAUUGUUUUAUUAUUUAUCAAGGGCAUCAUGGUGAUGUGGGAGCUCCCAUAGCUGAUGUUAUUCUCCCAGGAGCAGCUUACACAGAGAAGUCAGGUACUUAUGUUAAUACUGAGGGCAGAGCUCAGCAAACCAAAGUAGCAGUGACACCUCCCGGCUUGGCAAGAGAAGACUGGAAAAUUAUACGAGCCCUCUCUGAGAUUGCAGGUAUUACUCUCCCAUAUGAUACUCUGGAUGAAGUGAGGAACAGAUUGGAACAAGUCUCCCCUAAUCUUGUUCGAUAUGAUGAUGUUGAAGGAGCGAAUUACUUUCAGCAAGCAAGUGAGCUCUCCAAGUUAGUGAACCAGCAGCUUCUUGCUGACCCACUUGUCCCACCUCAGCUGACCAUAAAAGACUUCUAUAUGACAGAUUCCAUCAGCAGAGCUUCACAGACAAUGGCCAAGUGUGUCAAGGCUGUCACAGAGGGUGCCCAGGCAGUGGAGGAGCCGUCCAUAUGCUAAGGCAGCUACCAGUCUGACUUUGCUGCAGAUAGUAAUGGACAUGUACAGUGAAGAAAUUACUUAGACAUUUAAUUCUUUAAAUAAAUAUGAAGACAGUAAUAUUUAAAGUUAUACCAUGCUUAUCUGAAAGUGGUAUUUCAGGUAUCAAACAGGUUAGCAAUUUCAGGUUAAUAUGUUGUGUGUGUUAACUACACAUUUGCUGUUUCAUGUAAAAGCAUCAGCAAUCUUUGACAAAUACAAAGAAUAUCUUUAAACUGA